AGUUAGUGUACUGCACACAAAGAUCAGGGAAUAUAAUUGAAACAAUUGCAGAGCAUAUUAAUGACGCGUGCAAGGUAUUUAGACAAUUUUCUUACGGCAACGCUCGAAAUUAAUUGUUCGAUCUAUUCAUAUCUAAUGUUCGAAUCGAACGCGAACGAAUUCGCAUCAUCAAGGUGAACAUAAAUUAUAUCCUUGCACGAGUAAGAGGCAGUAUUUUGUUGCGCGUUUCGCAAGAAACACGAAUUUCUAUUUUGCGUAAGCACACCGUGAAGAGUAUCAUCCGUGAAGCGCACCUGCUAACAAAGAGCAAUAUACACGAACAGAGUGUAGCCAGUACCGACUCUAGGCACAGAUUACGUAGCAUAUGUAGGGAGGGCACCAUUAGUUGACGCGUGGCAUCUGAUUUCGUUGAGUCAGCCCUGGCGGUAAGGGCAGUGUCCAUGAAUACAGUAUAGAGUAUAGCAGAGGCGUCAAAAUGAUAGGAGAGGGCAUGGGGAUCGGAUCGUGAGCUACGCAGGAGUGCGCAGGAGAUGUCGACAAGAUGACAGCGACCGUGUGACGCUCUUUACAUUCAUUCUUGGCUAAAGGUUACCUGUCCGUGUACCAGGAAAGAGAAUUGUUCCUGGCUAAAAAGACCAACUUAUGACUCGUUACGGUGGCACGGGCGUCUCAGUGGAUUUUCUGCCUCGAAACGAGAUUGUAAUCGGGCGAAUUCGGGUGAGAACCGCAACCGCCGCGCCCGUGCAAUGUACACAGCGGCCUGAAUCGUAUCUGAAGUCAUCAUCGUCCCCGAGGAGUCGAUCCCUUCAACGGCCUGGAGUGGAGUAAUGAGCGUUUUCGGAGAUUUCCAGCGUGUCUGGGUACAAAGAUUCCCGGACAGCGCCUUGCCGGCAGCCUGGGAAGAGGACGUUAGGGCCAACCUAGUCAAGCAUAAACAGAAGGUAACAGCUUUGAGAGAAGAGCUUGAAAAGGAAGAGUUCUAUGUUGAAUAUUUAGAAAGAUUGUUAGCCGACGUUGAACGCCAUAAACAAUUGGCGAACAGUAACGCCGCGACGAGUCCCGAAAAACAGCAGCUUGCAGAAUUUCAAAGUCAACACGCUUGUAGAACAGUAGAAAACAGUUUCCUUGAUUCUACUAAUGCGUCGUAUGGUCAACACGUGGAACCGUCGGCUCCACCUCUUCCUGUACGCGAAGAUAUAAGUAAAUUUCAGGACAAAUGUGUUUCCGAGUUGAGUUCUACUCUUAAUACGAGUAAAAGACCCAAAAGUGAGAUACCGAGAAGUCCUGAUAAAGUGCCUGAACUUAGAAGGAACAGCGACCCAGAUGUGCCGAGUAAUUAUGUCACUGUAAUCGAGGUGACAGGGAGCUCAAAGAAAGAGAAAAAUGAAGAGUCUCUCAAAGAGGAGGAUGAGAAAGAUUUGGAAAAUGCGAUUAACGAAGAUGGAGAAGAUGGCGAUGCGGAGGCAUCGGAGGAAGAACCUUAUUACGAUUCCGUAGCUUUAGAUCAAACAGGAGAAUAUGUAUAUAUCGACGCGCGUGUCCCACCUGUUGGAAACAAUAAUGGCAAUAGACCGCCACCAAGAAGACCACCUUCCCUUCCAGAUUCCCCAGGGAACCAGAGUAACUAUGUCAACAUCGAUUAUUUUAUACAGCACAAAGCAGCAAUGGAUAGCGAAGACGAAGAAGGUGCAAGUCCUGCGCCACCGAUUUUACUGCGCGCUCUUAGUACCGAUAAUGAAACGGGUAGUAGCGACGCGGAACCUUUAAGUUUAAGCGAAGGUAGCUUAGAAUCACCGACGCCAACUACACCGCGCCGACAAGAGAAAAAUAAAGACCGUGAGGACGAUAGAACGUCUAUGAUUAAAUGUAUUGUAAACUCGGUAGUAGAAAGUGAAACUAUAUAUGUCGAAUGUCUAAACGUUAUGUUACAAUACAUGAAAGCUAUCAGAGCAACACUGACCACAUCUCAGCCCGUUAUUUCUGAAGAUGAGUUUGGCACAAUAUUUUACAAAAUUCGCGAGUUGCACGCCUUGCAUCAAACAUUUUUAGAUGGUCUUCGGAAAAAAUUGGAGAAAUGGGAUAGUAAAACCGCUAUAGGUGAACAGUUUAAAGUGAUGGCCAGCAAUAUCGGAAUAUAUGGAGCCUUUUUACAUAAUUACGCUCGCGCUACCGAUACAGUGCGAAGAUGUUCCGCUCAUUCUAAUCAGUUCGGUGACAUUACAAGGGAUAUAAGACUCAGAGGAUUUCCCAAAGGUCCAGGUUUAUCUCUUGAAGAUCUUUUACAUAAGCCCGUAGCGCGAGUACAGAAAAACGCCCUAGUAUUACAUGAUCUCCUCAAGCAUACACCUGUGAAUCAUGCAGAUCAUGUACCACUCUCAGAAGCUCUUGCUAUGACCAGAAACUUUCUAGACGAAUUCAAUAUCAUUCAAACAAAAUCGAUGUUUCCGAGUCAUGAUAGAGCGCAACGAAGAUUAGUGAAAAACUCGUUUGUGGUAGAGUUAUCCGAUGGUCAUAGAAAGUUAAGACAUUUAUUCCUCUUCAAUGACGUAAUCGCUUGUGCAAAAUAUAAAGCUUCUGGCAGAGACAAGUUCACAUUUGAGUUAAAGUGGUACGUACCGGUGGCAGAAGCGCUAGUGACAGAAGACGGUGUCGAACCACGCGAAACUAGUCCAGCUAACGUUGUAGCUCUAAGGUCACAGGCAUGUACUGUUCGCGAUCAAAUUUUGUGGGAAGAGCGGAACGAUGAAAAACGAAUGAGACUCGGUGGUAGAGGUUCGGAAAAGAAUAGGAAAAAACUUGCCGAGCUCGAAGCUCAACUAGUAUUAGCGUCACCAAAUUUAGUAUUACGCGUUACGCAUAAAAGUCAACAUCGAGUGCAAAACUUGUAUACGUUCUUUCUGUCCAGUGAAUUUGAACGUUCUCAAUGGGUCGAAGCGGUGGAGGCAUUGCAACAGGUAAUGCGUUCCCAUAUGUACCUAGAUAAGUCAAAGGGCGGUCAACCUCCAGGACCGUUACCUUUAUCGAUGUACGAAUUACAGGCAUGGGUUACAGCCUGUCGUACGUAUCUUCAAACAGAUAUGGGCAGCUAUUUAUUACGAUCAGGUCGCGACGAAAGUUUAUUACUAGGUGAUCUUCAUUUGACUUUACUUGGCUUAACACCGCCAGGUUUAGAUAGAGUUGGAGAUCUUUACAUUAUCGUGGAGGUUGACAGUUACGGACAUUACUUCAAACGAGCAAAAAGUCGAGUUGCAAGAGGUCAAGCUCCAACAUGGGGCGAGACGUUCGUUGUUGAACUAGAGGGAAGCCAAAAUGUUAGAAUUUUAUUGUACGAGGAAUGUGGAACACGCUCGGUAUUACGAGGUAAAUGCAUACAAAGAUUGAGCAGAUCUUGGCUUCAGUCUGAUCAAGUAGAGAGAUCGUUAAAUUUGGGACCAGCUACUCUGGAUGUCGCUCUUCGUUUCGUUCCAAGCGAAGUAACAUUGAGGCGCGUACCAUCUGCCAAACCUCAAGGUUUAUUCGGAGCUAAACUGGAACAAGUGCGCAAGCGAGAAAAACGCGACGUUCCUUUCAUCAUAACGGCAUGCGUUAGAGAAGUGGAAAGGCGAGGUGUCGGAGAAGUGGGCUUGUACCGCGUUUCUGGCUCAGCUUCGGAUUUAACGAAGCUGCGUAAAUCGUUCGAGAGUAAUUCGUACGAAGCAGAACAAUUACUUAAAGAGGUGGAUAUCCAUUCUGUAACGGGUGUCCUCAAGCUGUACCUCCGAGAAAUGCCAGAAGCUCUUUUCACAGAUGCUCUUUAUCCGUCGUUCUUGGAAGCUUUUCAAACCGGCGAGUUGUCGAAGGGCGUCGCUUUACGAAGAGUCUACGAAAGUUUACCAGCUGUGAAUAAAGCUGUCAUCGACUUUUUGCUAGCUCAUUUGAUACGUGUAAACAAACACGAAACACAAAAUAAGAUGUCCUUGCACAAUUUAGCGACGGUGUUCGGUCCGACGCUUCUACGACCUGGCACGAAUUCGCGAUCCGAUGCGAAGAAUCGCGACCCGUUGGCAGCGGGCACCGUAGACGUGAUGGCGCAGGCCGGUAUACUUUACUGUUUCUUGCAGAUGCAUAUGCAACAGAACAAUCAGUCACUCUAGUCGAGAGGUUCUCGUUGAUACAUCGUGGCGUCAGUUGCUAAAGGGGAGUUUCCCGCGACGAGACAGGAACUCGCGGCAACUAACGCUGAAGAAUGUAAAAUUGAUGAUUUUUUUUUUAUAAUAUAUUUCGUUAGUUUUAUGGCAUAUCGUUUAUACAACCAGAGAUGGACAGAAAUUUAUUCGUAACGUUUAUUUUUUAUCGGAUAGUUAUUCGAUAAAAUUUUUGUUCGUUCGACGUGAAACGUAAAUUAUUUAUAUUCAGAUUUUAAUUUUUAUUAAAUAAAUAACAAGAAGUUGUCAUCUGGAUGAAAAUCUUGUCCAUCUCUGUAUACAUCGCUGAAUUAGACGCAUUAAGUAGUAGACAAGCUUCGACGAAAACUCAGAUCGAUGAAAUUCCUCUUUUGCAUUGAUACGAAUACGAGUAACGUAGCAAAGUGGAUUUUGGAGCGUAACCGUAUCGUUCCUUCUCCAAAGUCCGUAAUAUAUUUUAUACUUAUAUUCUUGCAAAGUCCUAGCCACGAUCUUGUGCGCAUGUUCAGAGACAUUUUGUACGAAAUUUCUCCUAUGAGAGAGACAUACAAAAAAGCAGUCCGAUUCGCUAUGUAUCCACGCUUUAGAAAAUAAGUAUUUUUUCCAAUGGGGCGUGUUCCUAGCAGAGAGCCUAAAUUUUUCUACACAACAACGUGACAUACCUUUUACUAUGUCCAUGAAAAUGUCCACGUAUUCGAAAGAAUAACGUUCCUAAGUAUUCCUACAGAAGAUUUCAGAAAGCGCGUUCCUUCAAAUGUGCGAUUUGAAGCUUAAUAAUAACACGAAAUAUACAGACUGCAUUGUUUCUUUAAGGAAGUCGCGUUUCUCGCCACCUGUGAGUUAUUAUUAUUCUUUUACAAAACUAUUUUGAAAUAAAUGUACACUCUGGAAUUUUUCUAAAGGAUAUUACGAAGCAGUACGAUCAGGUUUUUGAUACUUAAGCUGUAAUUAGACUCGUAUUCGCUUUUCAUGCUCACUGCUUGGCCGGUAAUUUUAUCUUAGUUGACGAUAACUUCUCGAAAUGGUUUUUAGGAACGUGUCCAAAUAUUUAAGAUUUUAAAUAAUUUUAAAACGUAUGUCUGAUAAAUUAUAUAGCAAUCGAAUCUUACUAACCUUUGCUAGCACACGGUUGAAAAUAUUUUAUAUAUGCGACUUUGAAAUGUAUUUUAUUCUACAGGUACAGUUGUUCGCCAAGUAUGUUAAAGUCUAAAUACAGCUUAAUAGAGCACCAAAGAGAAAAGAUUCUCUCUCAUACCUUUAAUAGAGAACCAUAAUCGACCCUUUGAAGCAUUGCGAUUUUUACACUUUAUUAUCUACUAACAUCGUCAGAAAAAUUGUUCUCUAUGAAACUUGCAUUCGUAUUUUUCAAAAUAUAACAGAACACUGAUUACCAUCAAGGUUAAUAAAAUUCUUUAUAAGUGCAAACAGUAUUAGCACGAAAGGUUUGCGGCAGACGUUCCACUGUAUAUGCUUCGAAGGGUCGAACGAAAGAAAAGCACAUUUGGCAGUACAAAUUUAAUACUCGAUAGAAUCCCCCGCAUUACAUGCUAGGACGUUUGUGAGCUAUUUUAUAAUCAAGGUCGAAAACAAAAAGAAAACCAAGUCUGAGGAGUGUUUGAUAAACGAAAUAGUGUAUAAGUAUUAAAUGACGAGACAAAAAGAUGAGAUGAAAAAAAUUACACGGAGAUACUUUUUCCGGGAGCGACCUUUGUAUGUGAACGAAGGCAACUAUCGUAUGCGUGGUUUCAGCGUGUGUGCGUAUGUAUGUGUAACCCGCCCAUGUGUAUUAUAUCGUAAAUAUUGGAUAUCUUUAAUUUUUAUAUCGCAUUUAGCAUAAGAUGCGUCCCUCUUUUGUACAUUCAUGAAACGUGUAAAGACAAAGUUUCCAUUAUUAUUAUUACGAAUUAUUAAUUAUUAUUGAUAUUAUAAUAAUUAUUAUUAUUUUUAUUACUCCGCAUUUUACCACGAUCAUCGCAAACGAAGUAUUUGUUACGAAACUCGAUCGAGCUAGCUUACCCGCAGCAAGACGAUGUACUGCCAAAAAAAAAAAAACAAA